CUUAAAACCAACUGACCAGCGAAAUUUCACUCUGUAGGAAAUGACUGAAUAAGAGCUGUAGAGUCAUUACUUAAGAAGAUACUUGUGUGACAUCAUAGGAAUAUAAGGUGGGAAAAGCAGAAAAAUUAGAAGGCUCCGUAUCCCAACACGAUGACAUCCAGGUACAACUGCUCCUCCGCUGACAGCUGGGACUGCCCACAGGAGGGGAUGUGUGGCAACCUGACCUCUAACCUGAACGGCAGCGCGGGGCUGGUAGUAGAUGCAUGCCUGACACAGGAGGAGUAUCUAGAGAAGUACCUGGGCCCUCUGCGCUCCUCUGUCUUCCUCCCCAUCUGCCUCACCUACCUGCUCAUCUUCCUGGUGGGCGCGUUUGGCAACUUGCUAACCUGCAUCGUCAUCGCUCGCAACAAGGUUAUGCGCACGCCCACCAACUACUACCUGUUCAGCCUCGCAGUGUCUGACCUGCUGGUGCUGCUGCUGGGCAUGCCACUGGAGCUCUACGAGAUGUGGCAGAACUACCCAUUCCUCCUGGGCAAGGGCGGCUGCUACUUUAAGACUUUCCUGUUCGAGACGGUCUGCUUCGCCUCCAUCCUCAAUGUGACAGCGCUCAGCGUGGAGCGCUACAUCGCUGUGGUGCACCCUCUACGCGCCAAGUACGUGGUGACGCACACGCAUGCCAAACGGGUCAUUAUGACCGUGUGGGGGAUCUCGGUGCUAUGUGCCGUGCCCAACACCAGCCUGCACGGCAUCUUUACCCUGCAGUCGGCAGAAGGGGACACCACCAGGAAGGAGAUCCCAGAGUCGGCCAUCUGUACACUGGUCAAGCCCCGCUGGAUGUACAACUUGACCAUCCAAGUGACCACCCUGCUUUUCUUCAUGCUUCCCAUGCUGACCAUCAGCGCUCUCUACCUGCUCAUCGGCCUGCAGCUCAAACGUGAGAAGAUGCUCCAGGUGAUGGAGGCUGAGACAAGCCGCAACAGCUACUGCAACGUCCGCAGCCAGCAGCAGAAAGCCCGGAGACGCCAGGUCACCAAGAUGCUGUUUGUUCUGGUGGUGGUUUUUGGAAUCUGUUGGGCUCCGUUCCACACCGACAGACUCAUGUGGAGCUUCAUCGACGAGUGGACCAGCAUCCAGCUGGAGGUGUACAAGUAUGUCCACGUGGUCUCUGGCGUCUUCUUCUACCUCAGCUCGGCCGUCAACCCGAUCCUCUACAACCUCAUGUCCACCCGCUUCCGAGAGAUGUUCAAGGAAGUGAUGUGUCAUCGGCCACGGCACCCCGUGCCCAGGAAGCAGUCACUCAGUGUUACCCGGGUAACACUCCGCAGCAUUCUCAGUGAGGCCACGCCCAUUAAUGGCAUUGCGGGCCUACACGAAGACAAGGAGCAUGAGACCACCUUUCCUUGAAAGGACUUCCUAGCAGAGGAUAAUUAAUACACUAAACUGAUCAGAUGAAUGAUUGAGAUGUAUUGUUAUAAGGGAUUUUAAGGAUCUAAGGAUGUGCUUAUCCAGUCUGUUAUUGCAAGCUUUGGUCACCAUACCACAGUAGACUUCUCCUGUCACUAAACUGAUCAGAUGAAUGAUUGAGAUGUAAUUGUUAUAAGGGAUUUUAAGGAUCUAAGGAUGUGCUUAUCCAGUCUGUUAUUGCAAGCUUUGGUCACCAUACCACAGUAGACGUCUCCUGUCACUAAACUCCCUAAACACAAGAAAACAAAACACAUUAAAACCUGAUGCUUUGACACAUUAUUUGAGCGAUUCUAUGAAAAAAACAAAUAUCUCAGGAGAUACAGACAAAUCCAUAAUUCUCAUCGAGAAGACCUGGUAGAUUCUGCAUCACUGCGUUUGCAUUUCAUGUUCAACAGCACAAAACUUUUGAAAAUCUGGUCUCACGAGAGAGAUGACUUAAAGCUGCCUUUUCCUUACAUCCUUACAGCUCAGAUUGAAAACAGGCCGAGAUGCCCUGUCAAAAGCUCCUUCAAAGACGAUGUCCAACGUGGUUGUUUGACGAAUGUAUAAUAGUUCUCAAAUCACUGAGUGAUUUACAAAACGGUGCAAAGGAUUUUGCAGUGCGUACUAAAUAGAACUUGAGAUGAGCAGCUUCAAAAUCAAAUGCCAUUUGUCACGUGCGUCUAAUACAACAGGUGUUAUAGUGAAACGUAACAUCUACACCUGCUUUCUGAGCAUAAUAAUACAUAUCUGGGUAUUAAAAAAGUGAACCUGGACUACAGUAAAAAACAACAAAAAAAGCUUCAAAAUAGAUGUAGCUGCACCGUCAACUGCAUAUUUUCAGAAAUGUAUGUCAUUGCAUGAGUCGUUGGAUAUUGCUAAUGAACUUGACGCCUCCAUUCAGGAGAGUUUGUCACAUUAUUAACAGAGGUAUCCUGCUGCAGAUUGGCAUUUUUGGAAAAAAAAAUAGCUUUUAAAAUUCCCCAGACACUGUAUGUGUCCAUCAACAAUCUGGUGAAUGAUCUCUGAUGAUCUCUGAUGAUCUCUGAUGAUCUGUUUCACUAAUGUAAAACGUACAAAUAUGAGCGUGACUAUGUACAAAAACAAUGUAUAGAUUCACAGUAGAUAAACACAUAUUUAACAAUUCGAUGUAUUCAUAAAAAAUUAAAAUAAAUGUAAAAACACCAGGAGCAUUUGAAUCUGAUCAAGGACUGAUUUAGACCUGGGACACUAGGUGGGUGCAACUAAUAAUUAGUAAGUAAUAGCCUUGCACGAGCCUUGGCUUGUGAGAGCCUGAACGGUUCAUAAUUAUCAGGUAGAACAGAAAACCAGCAGAACUCCACACCUCCUGGAUCGGAUCUAAAUACCACUGGUCUAAACUGAUGAAAAAGCGACACUGUCUGGAACCUCCAAAACGAUGGAGAAUAAUUAGGAAGUAAGAGCACUGACAUAAUGUGAAUGGGGAAAGGUAAUCUUUACAGCCCAGGGUAUUUGGCUUCAUGAAAUAAAGGACCUUGUGCUAAUUCCAAAAUCAAACUGAAUUUUUUAAAACUUUUUUUUUAACCUUCAUAACUAUUUACUUGUAUUAUUUUGGCCUUUACAUGUUGGACAUUUAAGCAGACACUCUUAUCCAGCAUGAUUUAAGUCAGUGCAUUGACUUAUGACUUUGACUUGACCUUUAUCUGAAACUAUUAAAUCCAAGUCAUAACUCUUAAAGGUAUUUUGUUAAGGAAGUCCUUUAUCUACUUUCCCAGAGUCAGACGAACUCAUGGAUACAAUGUUUAUGUCUCUGCAUCCAGUGUGAAGGAAGUUAGAGGUUUUGCUUUGCGAGCCAAUGAUAACUAGCAUUAGCACAAUGAGAGGAAGUCUAUGGUACAGCAAGCUAGCAGUUACCAUAGACUUCCAGUCAUUGUUCCAACGCUAGUUAGCAGUUGCGCUAAUGCUAGUUAGCAAUUGUAUCCCUUUAAGAGUUUAAGCUUCAGAUUAAUACUAAGCUUCUUUCCAGUCAAGUCAGUGUGUUGUUGUGAUUCUGGACGGCCAGAUGACAAGAAAGUGGGGACUCGUAGGUCGUUUCAGCUAGUUUUAUCUUGUUCUUGAUACCAUGUCUUGUUUUGAGUUGUUUUGACUGAUGUCACUUCUAUGCUAACGUUGCAAAAAAAAAAAAAUAGCUAGCUGGCUGACCAACAACUGUAACAGUGUAUUUCAGAGGCAACAAGUGCUCAUUGUGCAACUUAAAUAUUGGAGACAAAAUAUAGUUUACACGUUGUCAACAAUCUAAGCCAACCCUGUCUGUUUUGCCCCAUCGAUGCACACAUGUUGUUUUUUGUUACUAAACAAUUAAUCUUUCUAUUAAGGAGUAGACUACUCCACUAAAGUCAUGUAUUCAUUUACCUUUAUUUAACUAGGCAACUUAGUUAAGAGCAAAUUCUUAUUUACAAAGACAGCCCAGGAACAGUGGGUUAACUGCCUUGUUCAGGUGCAGAACGAUAGACUUUUACCUUGUCAGCUCGGGGAUUCGAUCUUGCAACCUUUCAUCUACUAGUCCAAGGCUCUAACCACUACCUGCCACCCCUGAAUGUAUACAUUUUUACAGUAUAAGAUGUACAGGAUAGCAAAUGACAAGAAACGGGUAUUGAUUUUCUGAGAGUGUACACUGCCGAAUGGGUGCUUUAUAAAAAAAUGUUUUUUUAAUUUUACCUUUAUUUAACCAGGCAAGUCAGUUAAGAACACAUUAUUAUUUUCAAUGACGGCCUGGGAACAGUGGGUUAACUGCCUGUUCAGGGGCAGAACGACAGAUUUGUACCUUCUCAGCUCAGGGGUUUGAACUCGCAACCUUCCGGUUACUAGUCCAACGCUCUAACCACUAGGCUACGCUGCCGCUUCAGCAAAGCUGUGAAAAAAACUGGCCUUCUGAAGAUGUGCACUGAAGUCCUAUGGGGAAAACAUCAAAUCUUCUGAAUGCAAUUUCACCAAACAAACCUUUUAUCGAGGUUGGCCUCAUUGAACUGUCAUUCCAGUAGCUGCUAGUUUCCAUCUACUCUUGGAGGUGGUGUGUGUGAGCCAGGAAUGUGUAAAUCUGUCAGUCCUUCUGCAAGGAGCUGUCGUACCACCUCGUGUUCUCAUCCAUCAUCGCCCGAGCGACAACACCUGUGUCAGGCACAGUAAAUGACCAUUUCGCUGCUCUGACAAAACAUGGACUGUACAUGCAAACAGGCAGUUACAGCUAACAAACUGAUUCAUCCCUCCGACCACACUAUCUGAUUGGGGGGGGGUACAUUUUCACAAACCAAAGGAGAGGGACCAUCUGGUCAACAGUGGGUACAGACUGAUAAACAAUCUUGUACAGACUCUCACUGUUUGAGAUUUUGACUGAAUGCAACUGCAUGAUUCUAUCUCUUUGCUUCUUUUUCUUGUAAAUGUAUACCUGUGUGAUAGCCUCAGUGUAGAAGAGUUUCCCGGGGGGGGGACUACUCUCCAGUGAGGCGGACAUUUGUGCUGUAGUGCCAUUACUGUAUAAAGCUGCAAGAGAGGAAUAUUGUACAUUGGAAAACAAUGGGUGCAUUUUUUUUUAAAUGCUUGAAUUUUUACCGGUACCUAAAAUAUUCUACUGCUUGAGCACCUGUUCCUCUUAUAAAAUAUUAGCUCAAAAGUAUUGUAGAGCGCCUGCACCUAAAUAUAAAAAGUACCGGCUUCCAAAAUCAGUACCGGAAUCUGUUUCAGUCCAAGACAUGCACUGUACUGAGUUAUUGUGUUUCAACAGGGUAUUUAAUGAGGACAAAAAGGAAUUGAUUUAUUCUUGCUUGAAAUAAGCAUUGUGCUUCUGUUUUGCUUAUUAAAUAUGUAACGGAAAACUGGAACAUGUCGUGGAAAAGCUAUACCAAAACAGGUUACGCCAAAUAAAAUCUAAACUCAUACAAUGUAAUGUCACAUUUGUAAAAUGAGUUCUGUGUGGGAAUGCAUUAUAUAUACAUUAUAUAAGUGAUGUUGACCUAGUGGUAACGUCAGCAAUUUCUGAGAACACAUCCCCUCAAACAAUAGUCAUUACGUUAACUGUCAGUGAAAUCGAUACCUGCAUUGACACAGUUUUGUUCAAUAGUUGUUUUGGUUAUGUUCAAACUAGUCUACAAAUAAUGUGUGGGUUGAUUUCAACUGGAUUAUUGUGUGCAAGUGACAGAGGUUAUUACCAACCAUAAAGCAACACAACUUUAUUUUAAAAGUAUGGUAUUUUUCUGUCUGGUAAAUAA